AUGGAUCCAAGACUACAACAUGCUGCAGAAACCGGAAGCCUCAAUGGCUUCUAUGCUCUAAUUGACGAGAAUCCUUACAUUCUUGAUAACAUCAAUGCCGUGCCAUUUGUCAACACUCCUCUCCACGUAGCUGCAGCUUCUGGAAACAUACCAUUCUCCACAGAAAUGCUCAAUCUGAAGCCAUCCUUUGCCACAAAGCUGAACACAAGCGGGCACAGUCCAUUGCAUCUUGCUGUAGAAAAAGAUCAUAGAGACUUGAUAACAUGGCUUCUUAGUACUGAUCCUGAACUAUUUCGCGUUAAAGGGAGAGAAGGCAUCACGCCUUUCCAUCUCCUUGUGGCAAGAGGAGAUGUAAAUCUUGUGGCAGAAUGUCUCAUGUCUUCUGCUGAAUGUAUCCAAGAUGUGACUGUGAAUGGGCACAACGCUCUUCACCUUGCUUUAACCAAUGGUAGAUAUGAAACUCUCCAAGUUCUCACCGGUUGGAUCCAAAGAAUGAGCCAAAGAGAUUCUGCUUCAACCGAGUCUGAUCUCUUGAACAAAAGAGAUGUUUCUCACAACACUCCUUUGCAUCUUGCAGCGUAUAAGGAAGAUCACCAGGCGAUAAAACUGUUACUAGCGUGUCAGAUGGUGAAGCCAAACGAAGUAAACGGUGAUGGUUUAACGUUUCUUGAUAUCUUGAGACACCAAGGACAGAGUAGAGACUUGGAUUUGGAACAAGCUGGGUGCAAGGAGGCCACAUCUCUUCCUAAGCUGGAGAAAACAACCACUGAUCACUACAAGACACCAAUCACUUUCUGGUCUCAUUGCUCCACUGGCAUCAGACGCCUAAAGUCAGACACUUCAGAAGAAGGUAGAGCAGUGUUCUUGAUCAUAUGCACUUUGAUAAUCACAUCCACUUAUCAAACCGCUCUACAGCCUCCAGGAGGUUUACGCCAAUCAGAGGAAGGUGGUUCCGCUGUGAUGAAACAGACGUUCUUCAUUGUGCUAUGGGUUUCCAACACUAUAGGCUUCUGCUGCGCUCUACUUUACACGUUUUGUCUCUUACCAGUUAGUAGCUUGUUUACAACAUGGUUCUUUUGGAUUGGAGCGUCUCUUGGAGUCUCUUAUGCCCUUGCUAUGGCUGUUAUCUCACCACACCCAGUGUUGUUUAUCUGUGCAGCCUUUGCCUUGUACCUGCUCUUUCCUCUGUAUCUACUGAUGGAAAUUUUCAUAGCCCUGAGGCUUAGCCAUCUGAAGGCUACAGUGACUAGAAUGUUUGUAACACUAUUGAAAGAGAAACAAUCAAAAGCUUAA